AGAUUAUUAUAUAUAGUUUGGAAUAAUAUAUUUUUAAGAAAUGAAAUUCAUAAACAUAUUUUAAAGCUUAUUGAUUAUAGUGUUGUAAAUCUUGAUAGAUCACGUUAUGACCAGUUUAUAAAUAAAUCAUAUAUAACAACACUUAAGUGGCAUGGUGAUACACUACCAGAUAAAAAUGAAUUUCCACCAUUUUUGUCAAAUUUAUAUUUGCAAACUUUCAAUAAAAUGUUAACCCCAACAACUUUACCAAAUUCAAUUACUACACUCACAUUCGGUGAUGAUUUUAACAAAGUAGUUCCACCCGGCACAUUACCAAACACUCUCACAACACUCACAUUCGGUGAUGGUUUUAACCAAGUAGUUCAACCCGGAACAUUACCAAAUAGUCUCACAACACUCUCAUUCGGUGGUGAUUUUAACCAAGUAGUUCCACCCGACACAUUACCAAAUAAUCUCACAACACUCACAUUCAGUUUGGAAUUUAACCAAGUAGUUCUACCUGGCACAUUACCAAAUGGUCUUACAACACUCACAUUCGGUGGUUAUUUUAACCAAGUAGUUCUACCUGGCACAUUACCAAAUAAUCUCACAACACUCACAUUCGGUUAUAAUUUUAACCAAGUAAUUCUACCCGACACAUUACCAAAUAAUCUCACAACACUCACAUUCGAUUAUUGUUUUAACCAAGUAGUUCUACCCGGCACAUUACCAAAUAGUCUCACAACACUCACAUUCGGUCAUCGUUUUAACCAAGUAGUUCUACCCGGCACAUUACCAAAUAGUCUCACAACACUCACAUUCGAUUAUUGUUUUAACCAAGUAAUUCUACCCGACACAUUACCAAAUAGUCUCACAAAACUCACAUUCGGUCAUCGUUUUAACCAAGUAGUUCUACCCGGCACAUUACCAGACAGUCUCACAACACUCAAAUUCGGUGGUGAUUUUAAUUAUAAAAAAUUUAAAAGUAAUUUUGAAAACAUAAAAACUUGGAUUAUAGAAAAUUACACAAUUUUCAAAAACAUUAAAUUUAAUUUCAGAGGGUUCAAAAAAUGA